GGGAUCAAUUGAGAGGCGGGCGUUCGUUUGGGGGUUGCAGUUCGAGCGCGAGGCGCGCCAGAUGCAUCAGCUGCCUUUCAGGUUCUAGACGACCUUGAACGCCUUUCCACUUUUUCUCUCUGCCAAGAACAUCUUCUCUUUGCUGGUUGGGGGGUUUGUGAGACACCUGAGUGGAGAGGAGCUGAGCAACAGGCCGGGGCCUGAGGACGGGAGGCUGAGAGGAGGGACCGAACCGAAGGAACAGCUUGGGGGUCAUUGGUGCCUUCCCUCACAAAGAGAAAUCCUGCUGUCACCAAGCUUACGUUUGGUGACGGGCUAAGAAACAAAUAGAGAAGACAGUAUGCAUCUGAUGGAGAAAAAUAAAGCAGAUCUCCCAAUGACAGGGUGCAGCCCUGUGUUUGCCAUGCAGCACGUCGCGGGUGUGCCCCCCGUACUGAUGCGGAGAGGCCUCCUUGGAAAGGACCCCUCUAUGACCAGGACUCUCUGCAGCCCAGGCCCCAGCCAGCCGAGAGAGAAAAGGCCUGAGGACGUGGCCCUCGGGCUGUAUCACCGCCUCACAGCCCUGGGAAGGGCCCUGGGGCAUGGCAUUCAGCAGCGAGCGUCUUCCACGGCCAAGACUUGGUGGGACAGAUAUGAAGAGUUUGUCGGACUCAAUGAGGUUCGAGAGGCCCAGGGAAACGUGACCGAGGCAGAGAAGGUGUUCAUGGUGGCUCGAGGGCUCGUCCGCGAGGCUCGGGAAGAUGUGGAAGCGCAGCAGGCCAAGCUGAAGGAGGUGAGGGACCGCUUGGACCGCAUCUCUCGAGAGGAUAACCAGUACCUGGAGCUGGCCACUCAGGAGCACAGGAUGCUGCAGGAAGAGAAGAGGCUUCGCACGGCCUAUCUGCGUGCCGAAGACUCUGAACGAGAGAAGUUCUCCCUCUUCUCCGCGGCCGUGCGGGAAAGUCAUGAGAAGGAGCGCACUCGGGCUGAGAGGACCAAGAACUGGUCCCUCAUUGGGUCAGUCCUGGGAGCCCUGAUUGGCGUGGCUGGCUCUACCUACGUGAACCGUGUACGGCUGCAGGAGCUGAAGGCCUUGCUCCUGGAGGCACAGAAGGGGCCUGCGAGCCUCCAGGAGGCCAUCCGAGAACAGGCAUCCAGCUACUCCCUCCAGCAGAGGGACCUCCACGACCUCAUGGCGGACCUAAGGGGCCUGGUGCAAACAGGGCCAAGGCAGAGCUCUGGGUCCCAGCCAGGUACUUCCCCCACCCGAGACAGAGACACAGAUGUCCUUUUGGCUGCCUUGAAAGAGCAGCUCAGCCAUUCCAGGCAGGUCCAUUCCUGUCUAGAGGGUUUACGAGAGCAGCUUGAUGGCCUGCAAAAGACUUUCAGCGAAACAGCUGGGGUUGUUCGGCUUGCGGAGGUUGCCGCACUUCCAGGCCUGGUGGAGCCAGCAGAUGGGGCCGUGCCUGGCGCCCUGCUGGAACAGGGGAGGGUGGUCCUGGCGCUGGCGGACAUGGAACAGAGGCUAGAAGCCCAGGUCAACAGGAACACCAUCUAUAGCACGGUGGUUACCUGUAUGACAGUUGUGGCCACAAUGCCUGUGCUCUACAUGCUGUUCAGGGCCAGCUAGUCCCUGGACCCAACGCCAGAGGGUCUGAGGGGAUGGGUGUGGGAGUGGAUUUAGUUAAAGAAUCCAGGCAGUGAAGUGAGCCUUUGGGGGUGCACGCAGCCUCAGCCUGAGUCUGAGUACCAUCCGUGUGGCUCACCAGCAGGCACACUUUGCUUUUUAGGCAAUACUCAUUUACAUUAAUUAUGAAAAUCUGUGCUAAUGUCCAAUUAAAUCGUCUUUGAGUUUGUAUUAUUUAAAGUAAUUGA